AUGAGGAGUUAUCAGAUGGACAGCGUUAUCAGCAAUAUUACAAAAGGAUGGAUUACGAAGAGAGCAGCCUUCCUGAUUCCUACAAAGCCUGACUUGAGUUGCGACGGCCAAGAAUGUUUCGCAGCUGUCCCACUUCAUGAUUUCGAGAAAGUGGAAAAAUGUGGUGAAUGUCCCUAUACCAGUCGACAUAUCUGUGAUUUACGAACUCAUGCACAGAUGUAUAUUGGGAAAAGAGAAUUUGCAUGCGGGCAAUGUACAUACAGCACGAAACGAUCUCACGUUCUGAAUGCCCACUUGCAACUUCAUAUGGCUGAAAAGGAAGACAUCACUGCCAUCUCCAACAUUGCACGGAAAGAAGAUGGCUUCAGAAAUCAUUCUAUUUUACGGCAUGGCAAAAUUGUGGAGGAACGAAGUGACCAUCAGUUAUUCUGUCGUUGGUGCCCCUAUCGGACGCGGAUAUGCGCUACACUUUUUGUCCACCACAGGAAUCAUUUACGGAAUAGUCGAUUGCGUUGCGGAAAUUGUACAUUCAGUACUUCUAUCGAGACGAAAUUACGGGAUCACGUGAAAUUUUAUCCACCAAUCGAACCUUUAUCUAAUGCUUCACUAAUCAAGCAUACUGCUAGUAAAAAGCAUGCUAAACUUCCAAAUGGCGAUUAUUCUUGCCAAGAGUGUUCUUUUACAUGUAAUGGCUAUGGAAAAUUCUGGCACCAUAAGCAAAAACAUCGGAAGGCAUCGCGCUAUCAAUGUGAUUUAUGCAGCUACAGCGUUGCCUCAAAUUUCUGUUUAAUGAAGCAUCGUCAAAGCCAUACGAAUCAUGAUAGUCCGAAAAGUUGUGGCACAAAAAUGGAAGAACUCAUAGUAAUAAAAGAUUAUUAUUCGGAAGAAAUCAGUACUCAUGGAAUAACUGCAGUAGAAGGCGUUGUAAAGAAGAAAAAGUGUAUUGUAAAUUCAAAAAAUGAGCUCUGGCUUAACUGUACUAAGGAUGCAAAAAUAUAUCAGUUCAAUUUGAGCCGCAUUGCCUCAAAAUUACCAAAUUUUAAAGCAAUGAAUGAUACAGAAUUAGUAUCUAUGAUAUUUCGCUAUAAACAUUGUCCAUAUUAUGGAACGGAUGAGGUACUUUUCAAGUAUCACGAAGAAAUGCAUGUCGGACAUCGUCAAUAUAGUUGCAAUAUAUGCACCUACAGUUCUUUUUGUCCAAUUUCUUUACACUGGCAUUUGAACCUGCAUUUUCCUUCAUUGCCAUCUCGUUCGACUGCGAAGAAUAGGAAGCGAUUGAUAAGACAUCGAUAUCAUCAAAACCCUGAAACCAUACCUUCAGAUGUUAAAGUUCAUCAAUGCUCCAUAUGCCCUUACAAAACUGCUUAUGAAGAUCGCCUCCAACAACAUCGUCUUUAUCAUGCUCUGCACAUACAACAACGAUUAAUAACAUCCAUAAAGCGAGCCGGACAAAAUAUUUCUGAACCAUUUAUGAGGCCGAAAAUUCGUCGACCAGAAAAGCACUUAGAUGGGCAGUUUACCUGUAGCAAAUGCUCCUUCCGGUGCGGUACAAUCAUAGCGUAUAAUACUCAUUCUGAAAAGCAUGGAGCAGAAUCAUUCUUCAAGUGCGAGCUUUGUGAUUAUUCGUCAGGAACCAAAAAUGCUGUUGAUUUUCAUAUUGCGAUGCACCACUUGGAUGUACCUAUUUCGUUCUUUUAUAAAAAAGCUGUCACGAAUUCUGAUGAAUCGCAGAUUAAGCUGAACAGUGAUAUUGACCACAGGAAAUAUCCUCAACAAAUAUUGAGUUGUUGUCGAUGUGAUUACCGUACGUUUAUGAUAAUCGAAUUUAUACAUCACUGGGAACAAAUGCAUUGUAGUCGGACUCAAAAGGAUGGUCGACAAAUAGCUGAGGAACUCCGUAUGGAUAUGAUGCACUCCAACUGGAUCAGAACUGUUGAUAAUUAA